AGCAGUUGCAGGUUUUGCAUAAUUUGUUUGCUUUCACCUUUCAUUUAUAUCUCCGUCCCUUUUGCAUUUAAAGAUGCCAACUACUCUUUUCAAACAGAAUAUGCUAUCAGCUACGAAAACCCAUUAUAUAUAUCCACGUUCUUUUCACUAAAAAGAGAUUUGUAACAUAUAUGCAAGCAAAGAAUUUUCAUGGGGAAGAUGGGAGGAACCUCUUGGCUGACGGCGGUGAAGAAAGUCUUCCGAUCUCCUACCAAGCAAAUCAAUGACAAGAAAAGCGGCCGACGAACCGUAGACCAUGAACAAGAGGAAGAAGAAAAGAAAAGAGGAAAACGACGAUGGAUUUUUAAGAAGCCGACGUAUCAAGAAACAAUCAUACAACACUAUGAAGCCAGGGAAGCUUCAAAUGGUAUCUCAGAAGCAGCAGAUGCGGAGCAGAGACAUGCAAUUGCGGUGGCAAUGGCGAAGACAGCAGCUGCUCAAGCUGCUAUAGCUACAGCACAGGCUGCUGCCGAGGUUGUUCGACUCACCCGACCCACCCGACCCACUUCCGUUUCCGUUGGACAGCACAUGGCCGCCAUUGUUAUACAGACAGCUUUCAGAGGAUAUCUGGCAAGGAGAGCUCUUCGGGCGCUUAAGGGGCUGGUUAAGCUGCAAGCAUUGGUGAGAGGCCACAAUGUGCGGAGGCGAGCAAACAAGACUCUUCGCUGCAUGCAGGCUCUGGUUCGUGUUCAAGCUCGAGUUCGUGACCAUCGAAAGAGGCUUUCUUCUCGAGAAAGCAGCCUAGGGUCCAUGUUAAGUGACCCCAACAGCUUAUGGGGUUCACAUUUUGCCGACAGGAAAUCCAUUAACUCAGGAGACGAGAGCAGUUGGGCGGAUGAGCGGAUCCGUUGGGACGAACAGCCACAGACACUCGAAGAGAUUAAGAACAUGUUGCAGAACAACACCAAGGAGAGAGCUUUAAGACGUGAAGAAGAUCUUGCUCAUGUUUUCUCGAAACAGAUGUGGAAACCCAGAGAUGGUCAUGAAAGUGAAGGAGACAUAAUUGAUGAGAGCAUAAGUAGACGAAGACGACCCAGAUGGGAAAUUACGAGAUGCAGUAAUGGAAGAAUGUCCUGUGAUCAAAUCCUCAGAGAACCAAUUAAAACAGUUGAAAUUGACACUUACACUAAAUCAAAUCAUCACCACCAUCAUCAACAGCAACAACACAGGUCUGUUGUGUAUUCUGCAGCCUCUCCUCUACACGGAGCCCACCGCGGCAGCUCGGUCAUGAUCACACCAUCACCAUACAAGACAAGGUCUCUGCAAGUUCAUUCAGCCAGCCCUCGUUGCCAGAGAGAAGAGAAAGUUCAUACUCCUACACAACACAGUCAUAGACCAAUUGGUGUAAGUUCUAGUAAUGUUGCAGGUCCAAUCCCAAACUACAUGGCUGCCACCGAGUCUACCAAAGCUCGGUUUCGGUCACAGAGUGCGCCGAGACAGAGACCUUCAACCCCGGAGAGAGAUAAACCCUGUUCUGCAGCGAGAAAACGCUUGUCAUUUCCAGUUCCCAAGCCAGGAGGGGUUAAUGAUGAUGGGGAUGUUGAUUAUGAGUACGAGUCGAAGAGUCCGAGCUUCAAAGACGUCCAUGGCUGCUGUAAUAGUAAUAGUAAUAAUGUUGUUGGUAUUGAACAGAGGUGGAAUAUGUGUUCUUAUCCUGUUGAGAGUGUUGGUGACGAAAUUACCUUUCCACCUCUCAACAGUGAUCUGAGAAAAUGGUUGAGGUAAGCCAACGAAAGAGGAAAGCUGAUAAGAGCAAGUGUUAAUUAAUCAA